AUGGACGCUUACAGCUUCUCGCUUACGACAUUUGCGCCAAAUGGUAAGCUUCUUCAGAUUGAGCACGCGCUGGCAGCGGUCAGCAAUGGCUCAACGAGCGUCGGCAUCAAGGCAGCCAACGGCGUGGUGAUCGCAACAGAGAAGAAGGCAGGGUCGUCGCUGAUCGAGGUGUCGACGCUGGAGUAUGUGGUCAAGGUCUGCGACACCAUCGGCAUGGUGUACUCUGGCAUGGGCCCCGACUUCCGUGUCCUUGUGAACGCAGCGCGCAAGUCAGCGCAAAAGUACCGUCGGAUCUACAUGGAGGACCCGCCCGUGCGUAUCCUGGUGAAGGAGCUGGCGAGCAUCAUGCAGGAGUUUACGCAGUCGGGAGGAGUGCGGCCGUUCGGCGUCUCGCUGCUGCUGGCGGGCGUGGACGAGCGCGGGCCGAGCCUGUACCAGGUGGACCCCUCGGGAUCCUACUUCCCGUGGAAGGCGACGGCAAUUGGCAAGAACAUGAUUAACGCCAAGACGUUCCUGGAGAAGCGGUUCAACGGCGACAUGGAGCUUGAAGAUGCUGUGCACACAGCAAUUUUGACUCUGAAGGAGGGGUUCGAGGGCCAGAUGACUGAGACGUCGAUUGAUGUCGGCAUUAUUGGCGGCCUUGGUGUCGAGGGUGGGGCAAAGCCGACGUUCCAGUGCCUGUCACCGGCCGAAAUCAAGGACUACCUGUCCAACAUUGUCUGA